ACCUUACCCUUUCUGUUUAUCUCUUCAUCUUGGAAGUGGAACUCUCCUGCCCAAAACCCUUACGUACACAUAUAAAACUCUCUCACUUGAAAGAAGAUCCAGAAACCCUUUUAACUCAAAGAUCUUGACAGAUUUAGGAAAACCAUGGAGAUCACUUCCAUAACUCUCUCUCUCACAAGACCCCUACCACCUUCACUUCCCUUUUCUUCUGCUCACUCCAAUUUUAUGACCUGCAGUAACAGCAUUUCUUUGUUGAACAAAACCAAAUCUCAAAGCAAAUCUGUUUUUGUCGUUGGUCAACCAAGAAGGAGAACAAGAGCUGAACCUGCCAAAAGGGGUCUUACUUGCAAUGCUUUGUUUGGUCUUGGUGUGCCUGAACUUGUUGUUAUUGCUGGAGUGGCUGCUCUUGUUUUUGGACCAAAGAAGUUGCCUGAAGUUGGGAAGAGUAUUGGGAAAACUGUCAAGAGUUUCCAACAGGCUGCCAAGGAGUUCGAGUCUGAGCUCAAAAGGGAUCCUGAGUCUCUAACUGAGCCAUCUGAGGAGAAUCCUACAGCAGUUAUCAAAGAGAAGAAACAAGAUGUCGAGGUCUCGAAGGAGAGUGUAUGAGAUUGUAAAACCAUCAUCUAGUUGGUACAAUUUCUCUAUUCAUAUCUGUUGUAACGAUGAGCUUAGAACAAAUAAUUUUGAACCUAGAUAAAUUAUGUUAGCAGUUUUUUUUCAAUGGUAAGACCAUCACUUGAUACAUUGUCUCCA